AUGGAGUUCCCAUUUGUUUCUAAAGUCAGCAUUGAAAGUCAGAAAUUAUUGAUGGAAACUCUUCAGAUGAUCCAGUGCAGGGAGCUGGCCAAAGUAGAUUUGGAGGAGAUGCAAACUGUUCAGGCAUAAACAAUGAUUGCUAUUGAAUUUUGCUAAUACAGUGGAACCCUGCAUUAUGACCACUCUGUUUAUACAACCACCUACAGUCGAACCUCUCUAAUACGGACACCGAAGGGACAGAGCAAAGUGUCCGUAUUAGAGAGGUGUCCGUAUAAAAGAGGUCACUACGAUGACGUCACUUUUAUGACCCCACUGACAGGUUAGAGUGUUCAGCCCGGGGGUACUUUAGGAAUUUCUGGGUGGGGAUGUGCCGCUGGGACCCUGGAACCCUUAACCUAUACCAGAGCUAGUUCAGCUGAAUUUUGCUACCCUAUACUAGAGUAAAUUCCUCAAAUCCCCCCUAUCCUAGAGUAGCUGUUUCCCUAGUCUAGAUAAAGUCUUCAACCAACUGAUCAGUUUCCUGAAAAAUGAUACCCUAUUCUAGACCCAAACGCUCUGAUUUAUAUACCCUAUCCUAGAGUAAACUGCUUGAAAACCAUACCCUUCACAGCGGCACAUACCUAUAUAGCACAUAUGUGGUAGUACCCCCAGUAACUGAAAUCAAGCCCAAAAUUCAGUGUAUUGUUAAUUUCUGAAUCUAAAUUGAUUAAGGUUAUUGUAUUUCUCAGUUACAGGCUGUACAUAUGAAUUUUGGAACAAAAUGAAAUUCUAAGAACAUAACGCACCGUAUUUAUAAAAGUACAAUUCCAGCACUUAAGGUGUAGCAAUAGUUCACAUUUUGACAUGUUCUGGUAUUGGUAUCGCUGACUGAUAAAGUGUCAAUGUUUGUGUAACCGCCGACGGGAAAUGGUACAUACUGCAAAUUAUCGACACCUUGUUCUCAGAGUGGCCGUAAUAAAGAGGUUAAGUUUGUACAAAUUUGCUCCCAAGGGCCGAGAUUUUGUGUCCAUUGUCCUUAUUAGAGAGGGUCAGUAUUAAAGAGGUUUUUUUCAAAGGAAAUGUAUGAGAAUUUUGUCGGUACAUAGGAAACUGUCUGAAUUAGAGAGGUGUCCAUACCAAGAGGAUCGACUGUAGUUAUUAUGACCAUAAUGACCCAAUGGUAAAAACAUUGUUCUUUAUAAUACCCUGUGAAUACAACCAUGCAUCUUAUCAUUACGACGUGGCUUUAAUGGCAAAAAGGUGGUCAGAGUAAUAGGGUUUCACAGUACUUACAGCUCUAACUACUCCAGGGUGCUUGUAAGUUAUGUAGCUACAUUGCAGUAUAAGUCAAUUCCAAGAGCACCCAUCACCUAGGGUUGUCAGAAAGUUUUGAAAUAGAUGGCUGAGUUGUCAAAGUAAGUGGCCAGUCCAGGGAUAUUUUAUUUGAAAUUAGACUAUCCGUAAAGAAAUGUCAAGCAGAGUAGCCGGCCGAUAGUAACCAAGUAGAUGGCAAUUUUCACCAGCAGCUGGCUACUUUAGACAGAACCCUGCAUCACCCCUCUCCCUCAUCCUGAUUCGUCCUUUUACCGAAAAGGGGAAUGGGGGGGACUUCAAUAUGAAAAUUAUGGGGAUGCUUGUCAUCUCAUGUAGGGGUCGAAGUUACAGAAUUUGGUGCCACUUGUGGUGUUUAAGAAGAAAAGCCAAUGUUUUUACCCAUAAAAUUAUCACCUAGGGUUGUGGGUAAAGAAAUAUCUACAGGUGUAAAAAACAAUGCUGUUGCUUGACUGUGUUGGAGUAAGGUCUCUUUUAGGGGUCAAUUUUUCCUACAAGCGACCCUGUCUCUUUAAUAUUGGAGUCCUUCCUCUCUCCCGGAGUGAUAUUUACCAAAUUAUUAAUGAAUGACGCUGAGUAUCUUAUGAAGAAUUAUGGAGAUCGAGUUGGGUGUUAUCCGUCGAGGCCGUAGGCCGAGGCAGAUAACACCCCCUGAGAUCUCCAUAAUUCUUCAUAUGAUACGAAAGCCGAAUUCAAUGAUAAUGUUUUAUUAUUCAUUUAAAAUAAUUCCUAGUUUAAAAACAUGGCUAAACAUGCUUAUCUCCAUUGAUCCAUCGAUGUUAAGUUCAUCUUCGAUAGUGCACGUUUAGGGUUGCUCAGCUCCGCAAAUAUUCUCCAAAUAGCAAAUGUCACCCUUGGAGUUGUCUUCUUGCUGUUCUUGCCAUGUUUUUAGCUAUUUUUUCAGCUAGUUCUUACUCUUGAAACGAGUGAAAUGUCCGCCAUUUUUCAAGUUAACAACCAAAACAACUCAACCUCAUCCCAGGUCUUCUCGGUUAACGGUGCAUUAACCUGUAGAAGGCUGCAUUUUUGAUGUCAUUUCCUCGUUAAACACAAAAUUCUUCCAAAUUUGGUCAUCAGUAACUGGUCAUGGUGAAUUGUGCGUGUGCUUUUAGCCAAUCAGAAUUGGGGAAAUAUUUUGAAUGAAUAAUAAUUUAGGUUAAUUAUGUACUUAACAUUCUGGCUACUUAAGGUUUCAAAUCUUUCAGUUAAACCAAGAAAACUGUGAACACCAGAAAUAUUUCUGGAAUGUUAUUGUGCUGCAAGAAAAAAGCGAAUCAGGCGUGAGAAAACUGAACCGCAAGCAGGAAAGUUAAUUAGUUUGUGGUUUUUGGCUAGUUUGCAUGUCCUGAUCUUUACUGUGAUUGGUCAUAACACAAUUCCUGAGAUAUUUUAAGACUGCUGACGGUUUUCCCGGUCACACUGUAAUAACCAUUGCUGUUCACUGUUUACAGGAUCUAAAGAUUAAAGUCUUAACAGAACAAGAAGAAUUCCAAAAGUUUGUUUACAAACAUGCUAAAGCCAACCACCACCUUUGCAACUAUAUUCACCCUAAUGGAUAG